UUGUCUCCUAGUUUCAUUUUCCUGGUCUCAUGUGUGGAGUGUAAGAGCAGGUACCUUUUCAUCUUGGAAUUUGGAUCAUUACUUGCUGGACAAUGAAUAACUGUGUUCUUCUGGAAGAAGAACUGAUAAAAAAAUCUCAGCAAAAGAGAAGGACCUCCCCCUCCAACUUUAAAGUUCGAUUCUUCGUCUUAACAAAAUCAAGAUUGGCAUAUUUUGAACGUCGGCCUGGGAAAAAAAGAAUUCUAAAGGGUUCAGUUGAACUAUCCAAGAUUAAAUGUGUAGAACUUGUGAAAAGUGACAUCCCAGUUCCAUGUCACUAUAAAUACCCUUUCCAGAUUUUUCAUGACAGCUAUAUGCUCUACAUCUUUGCUCCCAACCUAGCGAGCUGCCAAAAAUGGGUCCUGACUCUGAAAGAAGAAACUAGGAACAACAACACUUUGGUGUCAAAGUUUCACCCAAAUUUCUGGAUAGAUGGACGAUGGAGAUGUUGUGCUCAGCUAGAAAAGAUGGCAACAGGCUGUGUGGAGUAUAUUCCAGCCAAUACUGUCUCCAAUAAACCUCUUCCACCUACUCCAGAGAAAUCAAUACUAGACACCAAGGAAUCUUCAGUAGUUGCCAUUUAUGAUUAUAUUGCUCAGAAUCCCCAGGAGCUGACAUUACGAUGCAACGAAGAAUAUUAUGUUAUUGAUAACUCUGAAGUCCAUUGGUGGUUGGUUCAAGAUAAGAAUGGUCAUGGAGGAUAUGUGCCAAGCAGCUACAUAGUAGAAAAAUCACCAGAUAAUCUUCAAAUAUAUGGGUGGUACAACAAGAACAUCAGCAGAACCAAAGCAGAAACAUUGCUCAGGGAAGAGGAUAAAGAAGGAGCUUUCAUGGUGAGAGACUCAAGGCAGCCUGGUACCUAUACAGUCUCUGUCUUCACAAAAGCAUUAAACAUUGACAAUAGCCCAGUUAUAAAGCACUAUCACAUCAAGGAGACCAGUGACAAGCCCAAGAGGUACUACUUGGCAGAGAAACAUGUUUUUGAUUGUAUCCCAGAAAUGAUCCAUUAUCAUCAGUAUAAUGCAGGAGGUCUUGUUACUCGGUUGCGGUAUGCUGUGUCCUCCUGGAGAGAAAAAGCUCCUGUUACAGCUGGAUUAAGUUAUGGCAAAUGGAUUAUUAAUCCUCAAGAGCUAACAUUUGAGCGGGAGAUUGGUGUUGGUGAGUUUGGGGUGGUUCACCUUGGCUACUGGCUUGAUCGGAAGAAAGUGGCCAUAAAGACAAUUCGCACAGGAGCAAUGUCAGAAGAAGACUUUAUUGAAGAGGCCCAAGUCAUGAUGAAACUAUCUCAUCCCAAAUUAGUCCAACUGCAUGGGGUAUGCAUGCAAAGUUCUCCUAUAUACCUUGUAUUCGAGUUCAUGGAAUUUGGAUGUUUAUCUGAUUAUCUGAAGAGGCAACGUGGAAGCUUAUCAAAGGAAGAGCUCCUUGGAAUGUGUCAAGAUGUGUGUGAUGGAAUGGCUUAUCUGGAGGAGGCAUCUGUCAUUCAUAGAGAUCUGGCUGCUCGGAACUGUUUGGUGGGAGAACUUCAAGUUGUCAAAGUGUCAGAUUUUGGAAUGUCACGGUAUGUGCUUGAUGAUCAAUAUACCAGCUCCAUGGGUACUAAAUUCCCCAUCAGGUGGUCAGCACCAGAGGUUUUUUCCUAUAACCGCUACAGCACCAAGUCUGAUGUAUGGUCAUUUGGAGUGUUGAUGUGGGAGGUAUUCACUGAAGGCAAAACUCCUUAUGAGAAUCGGACAAAUGCUGAGGUGGUAGAAGAAGUCAGUGCUGGCCUCCGUUUGUAUAAACCCAGACUUGCUUCCAAUAACAUUUAUAAACUUAUGCAACAUUGUUGGAAUGAGAAGCAAAAUGACAGACCAUCGUUCUCCCACCUGCUCUACCAUCUCAAUGAAAUUUCUGAAUCUGAUCUGUAAGGAUUAAUGGAUUUGAGAAGAUAUGAAAAAUAUAUAUUUUUGUGAUCAUUGGGCAGAUAUAUUAUCUAUAUUUUGAAGGACUAACCAAGCUGUAACUGAGAUACUAAGAAGACUCUUGGCCUUCUGAGAGAAUUGUGAACCAAGAAAGUGGAUAGUACAAGAUACAGAACUGUAUCUAGUAGUCUGAUAUGCUGUUCCGGAGCCUAUUUCCAUUUCAAAUAAUGGAAUUGUGAUGAUAGAGAUGAUAAUGAUAACAAUAGCAGUACAUAAGAUGAAGAGAUCUGUUAGAGCCUGACACAGGAAAAUAUUUCAUGAAUCUAUGACACAGAUCCUCCAAGCUUGUUUAAAGCUGAAAGAAAAUAUUCAGCUUAUUUGUAAAUGAACAAUUUCAACAACAGAUUGCAUGGAUUAAUUGGUGAGACAAAAUACAACAAUAGGAAGGUUAGGAAUGCUGGUUAUUUGUUCUGAAACUUAAGGAGUAGAACAUUUGCUUCUAGUCGUAAGUAAUAGAUUGAGAGAAUGGAAUAGACACUCUUAGAUCUUCAUCCUAAUUUGGAUGCGGUGAAAGAAAUUAUUUAGGCCUUGCAUCAGAUACACCUGAUCCUUUGUUCAGCUCCAGAUUACACUAUUAUAGACAGAUUCAGGAGAUAUCUGAACUGAAGUACAGUUGAAUCCAUUAUCUGAGGCCACUUGAAGCUUUAUCAAUUUGGAUAUUUUGAAAGACAGAGAGGUGUGAGAGAGAAGAGAAGGAGGAAGGUGAUUGUAAGUGAAUGACUGAUAGUUUCACCUUUCAAUCAACAAUUAAAGAUUUUAGCCAGGUCUUUUUAAAAACUACAUUUUUCUAGGGCUAAUCACCAUUGUUUGAUGCAAAAAAAAAAAGUGUUGAAAACUCCCACAAAAAUAUUGUAUGUAUUUUUCUGAACACAAAUUUAGUUCAUUAAGCUAAGGUUAUUGCUAUGCUUUUUCUCAUUUUCUUUAAAAGUUGCUAUGAAUAUAUAAAGGCAUCCAAUCAUCUUUUUGUGGAAUUGCCCCAAGUGUAAAGAUUGCUUUUGUGAAGUAAUUCUGAACUAUUCUUAUGCAACUUGGUAGGUAGGUCUGAUCUGUUUGGGCCUGCAAAUUUAAUUCAUUUUUUUUGCCAGAAAUAUAUUGAAAAUAUUUUCAACAAUUUCUUUAAAAAAUAAGCAGUAUGUAACUUUGCCUAGUGUAAAUCACUUAUGGGCCUGAAAUCUGGCUGAAUUCAUCUUCUCUGGAGUACGCUACUUCUCACUCUUUCAAGGUGAAAACCAUUGGAGAUUGUGGACCACAUAAAUCUUUGGAUUUCUGAAUUAAGAUUUAAUUUCCACCACACACACAUAUAUCAGCACACAGUGAAAGGAAUUAAUUGCAAUGUUUGUAGAACAUUAACAUUCCAAAGAAAUAAAGUUGUGAAAAGCGCUUCUCAGGUUGUGCCUCCAUUUCUCAGGACAACUGUCCUAGACCCUGAGCUUGAAGAAACCUGACCAUUAGAUGGAAAAGUAUUUUGUUCCAGAAUAGAAUAAAUUGCUUGAUGUAUUUAAAGGUUAGAUAAACAUAAUGGAAGAAGUCUAGUCCACUUUCUAUACACUUCUGGUUUUCUUGUUGCAGGCUGGAAAAUAGACAAUUCCAGUUCCCACUAAUCAGUUAUAAAGGCAUGGGUGUCCACAGGGGAGCAAGUGAUGUCACAUGCAUCAUGAUGUCAUCAAGCAAAGUAUAAAUUACAUACUUUGUGUCAUGUUAUUUGCUUAAUGAUGUCAAGGUGCCCAUUAUAUCUAUCUAUAAAGGCUAAUUGCACUAUGCAUUAUUUUUCCAAGUUAGUUCCAUGCAGGUAUAUUUGAUAGUAUUGUCGCUGCUUCAUAAAAUACUAUAUUUAUCAGUAAAGGACUUUUCCUUAGUGGCAUCAACCUGAUAUAACUCUGUGCCAAAAUAGGUCUACUAAAGCUCUUUGUUUAGUAACCAUUUGAUAGGCGAUGUACACUUAUUUAUCCUAGUUAUUUUAGUGAUGGUUUAAAAUGAUUGAACUGUAUUUGAAAGGCAUUGCUACUGAAGGAUUUUGUAGAUAACUGCUGUGAUUAUGUUUUAUAUUGUGCUUACAUUUUAAAAACUUUGAGCAUUGCUAGAAUGUAAAAUAUGGAUUUUU